AUGCCUAAAUCCAAGCGUGACAAGAAAAUCUUAACCAAAACUGCUAAGAAGGGAUUGGAACUGAAACAGAACCUGAUAGAAGAGCUUCAGAAAUGUGUGGACACGUACAAGUACCUCUUCAUCUUCUCCGUGGCCAACAUGAGGAACAGCAAGCUGAAGGACAUCCAGAACGCUUGGAAGCACAACCGGAUGUUCUUUGGAAAAAGCAAAGUGAUGAUGGUGGCCUUGGGUCGAAGCCCCUCUGAAGAGUACAAAGACAACCUGCCCCAGGUCAGCAGGAAGCUGAAGGGUGACCUUGGCCGCCUCCUUUUCACCAAUCAAACGAAGGAGGAAGUGAACGAGUGGUUCACCAAGUUCAUGGAGAUGGACUACGCCGGUAACAAAGCAUCCUUCUCGGUGAGCCUGGAUCCUGGGCCCCUGGAGCAGUUCCCGCACUCCGUGGAGCCACAGCUGAGGCAGCUAGGCCUGCCCAACGCCCUCAAGAAAGGUGUAGUCACCCUGCUGUCUGACUACGAGGUGUGCAAGGAGGGCGAUGUGCUGACACCGGAGCAGGCCCGUGUCCUGACGCUUUUUGGCUAUGAGAUGGCUGAGUUCAAAGUGACCAUCAGGUACAUGUGGGAUGCGCAGUCUGGAAGGUUUGCGCAGAUGGGCGACAACGACUUGCCAGAAGGCAGCGACGACAGUGACGACAGCGACGACGACUGA